GUUCCUGCGCAGAGAUUUAUGCGACUCCGAUUUCGACGCACCCGAGCAGAUGUGGCAAUCCUCAGUGGUCGAGAAGUCCAGUACUACGGAGACUGGAAAAGCCGAUAUCCAGCCAGCAAAGAAUCUGGAGUGGGGCACUGGUCCUUUGGAAGCUCUGUGGAAUUCUAUUGCGGGCAACACCUUGACCAAGAGCGCUUGGACGUCGCCACCAGAUUGGAUCAAGGGUAGUUAUUCUUUCAAGUACGACCCAGACUCG